AAUUUAAUAAAGUCUCUCAACGAGGCUAACACAGUAGCCAGUGGUGUUGCUUUGGUUAGCUUUUCGUUAGCCGAAGCUGCGCUUGCUAGUGACUAUCAUGCUAACUGUAACUCAGUGAGCUAAAAGAAACGUCAGAAAAAGGUAUCAAAAGUUUAAUAAUCUAGAAGAGGGACACUGUAUUUACCCUUUAAGCUAAAGCACAAUAGUAAUCCAAUGUACCGCAUGCUGUAACUACGUGUACUGCUAAGGUGUAAUUGCAGUCAUGAUAGGGUGCUAAUAUCAGUUUGAAAGAUCCCUGUGACAGCUGAACGACCAAAAGCAAGUCAACCUUGAAGGCUUCCCAGGCCCCUGCCUUCCCCAACUCAAAGUGUUUGUAAAGCACAGCUAUGGGCAGCUGUGUGCGGAGCUCCAGGGCUCUGUCCCCUGUCCUGCUCCCCCGGCUGCUGCUUCCCCACAUGGGCUACAGACCGGCAGGCAGGAGCCUCUGGACAUCUCCCACUUGCAUGACUGUCAACGGAGACUCCCAGCUGCUCCCACUGCCCAGCCAGGCCCGGGUGGUUAUCUGUGGAGGGGGCAUUGUGGGAACAUCAGUAGCUUAUCACCUGGCCAAACUAGGCUGGACUGACAUAGUGCUCCUGGAACAGGGCAGACUUGGUGCUGGAACAACUAGGCUCUGUGCUGGGAUUGUCAGUGUGGCAAAGCCCAUUUCCAUUGAAUGUCAAAUGGCCAACUACUCCAUUAGUCUUUACCAGCAGCUGGAGGAGGAGACGGGGAUCAAAACAGGCUAUGUGAAGACAGGGUCUUUAUGUCUCGCACAAAAUCAGGAUCGCUUCAUCUCUCUGAAACGCCUGGCAUCCCGACUAAAGGUCAUGGGGAUCAGUUGUAACAUCAUUAAACCUAAAGAGAUAGCAAAACUACACCCUCUUGUCAAUAUCCAUGACUUGGUAGGGGCACUCCACCUCCCUUCAGAUGCUGUGGUGUCUCCACCUGAAGUUAAUCAUGCUUUGGCUGUGGCUUCUGCUGGACAAGGGGUUCAAAUCCUCGAUCGGACAAGUGUUCAGCAGGUUCUGGUGGAGAAGGGUCAUGUGAUGGCAGUGGAGACUGACAGGGGCUCAAUUGCGUGUGAAUACUUUGUCAACUGUGCUGGACAAUGGGCCUAUGAGUUGGGCCAGGCUAGUGAAUUGAAGGUGUCUGUUCCUCUUCACGGCUGUGAACACUUCUACCUACUCACAAAACCUCUGCAGGAGCCACUACCAGGGACCACACCAGUGGUGAUUGAUAUGGAUGGCAGGAUAUAUGCACGGCCAUGGCAGGGCGGAAUUCUGUCUGGGGGCUUUGAGAAGAACCCCAAACCUAUCUUCACUGAGGGCCGUAACCAGCUGGAGAUCCAGAACAUGCAGGAGGACUGGGACCACUUUGAGCCAAUGCUCAAUUCUCUGCUGAGGAGAAUGCCUACUCUAGAGUCAGCUGAGAUCUUUCAGCUGGUCAACUGUCCAGAGUCCUUCACCCCUGAUAUGCGCUGUCUGAUGGGGGAGACGCAGGGCAUCUCUGGCUACUUUGUACUGGCAGGGAUGAACUCCUCUGGUUUGGCUUUCGCUGGAGGAGCUGGCAAGUAUCUGGCAGAGUGGAUGACCUAUGGUUACCCCACGGCUAACGUCUGGCCACUGGACAUCAAACGGUUUGGUAACCUGCAGAGCAGCCGAACCUUCCUGAGACAUAGAGUAAUGGAAGUCAUGCCUUUGAUGUAUGAACUGAAGGUUCCUCGCUGGGACUUUCAGACUGGACGUCAACUCAGGACCAGCCCUCUGUAUGACCGCCUGGAUACCCAGGGAGCACGUUGGAUGGAGAAACAUGGCUUUGAAAGGCCGAAAUACUUUAUUCCUCAUGGGAAAGAUCUGCUGUCUCUGGACCAGAGUAAGACCUUUUACAAACCAGACUGGUUUGACAUUGUUGGAGCAGAAGUGAAAUGCUGCAAAGAGGCUGUGUGUGUCAUUGACAUGUCCUCCUUCACCAAGUUUGAACUGACUUCAACAGGAGACCAGGCUCUUGAGCUGCUGCAACACCUGUGCGCCAAUGACCUGGACGUCCCCGUUGGACACAUUGUCCACACCGGCAUGUUGAAUGAGAGAGGAGGUUAUGAGAAUGACUGCAGUGUGGUCCGCAUUAGCAAGAACAGCUACUUCAUCAUCUCUCCAACAGACCAGCAGGUCCACUGUUGGCACUGGAUAAAGAAACACAUGCCUUGUGACCCAAAGCUCCACCUAGAGGAUGUUAGCUGGAAGUAUACAGCUUUAAAUCUUAUUGGCCCCCGUGCUAUGGAUGUUUUGGCUGAGCUGUCAUAUGUUUCCAUGACACCCGAUCACUUCCCGUCCAUGUUCUGUAAGGAGAUGAGCGUGGGCUAUGCUAACGGGAUCAGAGUGAUGAGCAUGACUCACACUGGGGAGCCGGGCUUCAUGCUCUACAUUCCCAUUGAGUAUGCACUGCACGUGUACAAUGAAGUGAUGUCAGUGGGUCAGAAGUAUGGAAUUCGUAAUGCAGGAUACUACGCGCUGCGCAGCCUACGCAUAGAGAAGUUCUUUGCCUUCUGGGGUCAGGACCUUGACACCUUCACCACCCCACUGGAGUGUGGACGAGAGUUCAGGGUGAAGUUUGACCAGGACACAGACUUCCUUGGUCGUGAGGCGUUGUUGCAGCAGCGCCAUGAUGGCGUGUUUCGACGGUUUGUCAUGCUGGUUCUGGAGGAUCAUGACACUGAGCUGGACCUGUGGCCAUGGUGGGGGGAGCCCAUCUACUGUAAUGGUCAGCUGGCUGGGACGACCACAAGCAGUGCCUACAGUUACACCCUGGAGCGCCAUGUCUGCCUUGGCUUUGUAUCUCCACCACCAAGUCCAGAGGGGCUCCCCACACCCAUCACCCCGGACUUCAUCAACCGUGGGGACUAUGAGGUAGACAUUGCUGGCCAGCGCUACCCAGCCAAAGCCAAACUCUACCCAUUUAGCUCCCUUUUCACUCAGCAAAAACGCCGCAAGGACGACAUGGAGCUCAGCAACCUCCAUGGGAAGUGAUGCAGAGUAACAGAAAUCCUUCCGAUUGCCUCAGCACCGGUUGCUGCUGUGAUAGAUACUCCUCACCAAAUCCACUCCUGCACUAUAACCUUGCUGUGUCAGCCUAUCUCUCCGUCUUUCUGCCUCAUACUCAGCGGGCUGUUGGUACAAUCACUCCUUGUCCCUUUGGUGUUUAACCUCUAUGUUGCAUCGCCCUCUUUCAAAGUGCAAUAUUUAACAGCACUCGAGUGCUUGAGCUCAUCUGCACUUCUUUUUAAGAUCAGUCUUCCUUUUACUCACAAACACAGUCCAUUCAGUCUCAGAGGCGUGGUCACUGGGACAAUCUGCAGUUAGGUGUCUUUGUCAAGGUGACACCAACACUAGCUCAUGAGAAUUUGUUCACUUUAACCCACGUAGAAGGGAAAUAACUCCCAAAAAUCUUCUGCAGUUUGGGUUUUCAGACACUUUGGAGUGCUGAAUGCCUACAUAGUCAGUGUAGACAAUGACAUGACUCCCAUUUUUAAUGUAAAUGUGCUGCUUUAAAGACUGUGUGAUGUAAUUUAACUUGUCUAACAAUAUUCCAUCCCCACAGCAUUAUGCUUAACAUUGAAGGGAAUACAUCCUUUUUAGUCCGGGGGGACAUUUAAUCGGUUAAACCAUUUCUCUAUGUGCCGCCUUCCACUCCUCUUGUUCUGUUGAAAAAGCAAAA